AUGACGACGUGCCGUCUGCUGUGCGCCCUGUUGGUGCUCGCCCUGUGCUGCUGCCCGUCCGUGUGCACCUCAGCGACUCCGGAGGAGGAUGAUGUUUCCAGUACGACGACGAACACGACAACACAGGCACCAACCGCUAACAAGCCGGGUGGCGCUGAUGAAAGCGUCAACAGUCAUACAUCUGCCUCUUCAGAGUCAGGACUACAAGGGAAGGAUCAGUCAGGGUCAUCAGGUUUGGGCCCCGUUGAGGACGAGGGAACGAAAGCCGGAGACGGUCCAGCUGCGGCCACUCCGGAAAAGCAAUCAAACGACCAGAACAAUGUGGUACAUACCGAAGGUAAGGAAAGCACGACAGGGUCACAAAGUAGUACGAGCAGUUCCCCGGAAAAGGAAGAUAAUAAAGCCGAAGAUGCUCCCACGACGACGACCACCACCACAAAACUUCCAAUUACGUCCACUACUGCGCCAGUGGCACCAAGUACUACAACUACAGAGGCGCCAACCACGACGACCACCCGCGCACCGUCACGUCUUCGCGAAAGCGACGGCAGCCUCAGCAGCUCUGCGUGGGUGUGUGCCCCGCUGCUGCUCGCCGCAUCCGCGCUGGCGUACACUGCUCUGGGCUGA